AUGGCAAUAGCAAUGGGGGUCAUGAGUUUGCUAUGCUCAUUUCUAGCCGUCCUGACUACCACCAUGGUGACCGCUAGCGACAAGGCCGCGUUGCUUGCUUUCAAAGCGCAGGUUAGCAGUGGUGACUGGCUGGCCUCGUGGAACAGCAGCGUUGGCUUCUGCAACUGGGAAGGCGUGACUUGCAGCCAUCGGAGGAGACCUGAGAGAGUGGUGGAGCUGAGAGUGGACAUCAAGACGCUUGCUGGAGUGCUCUCCCCGGCCAUCGGAAACCUCACAUUCCUGCGAACGCUCAAUCUGAGCUUCAACUCGCUACACGGGGAGAUUCCGGCGAGCAUCGGCCGCCUUCACCGCUUGCAGAGGCUCGAUUUGGGCCACAACUCCUUCUCCGGUACAUUCCCUAUGAACCUGACCUCCUGCAUCAGCAUGACCGUAAUGGCACUGCCCAACAACAAGCUUGGCGGGCACAUCCCGGCUGACCUCGGCAAGAAGCUCACGUCCCUGGCAGUGAUCUCACUGAGAGACAACCACUUCACAGGGUUCAUCCCGACAUCUCUGGCCAACCUGUCCCAUCUACAAUACCUCGAUCUCACCACUAAUCAGCUUGUGGGCUCAAUCCCACCAGGGCUCGGAAGAUUCCAGCGCAUGCAGUUCUUCAGCCUUGUCGGAAAUAACCUCUCUGGUAUGCUCCCACCUUCUCUCUACAACUGGUCAUCGGUGGAAGUAUUUUCAGUAGGGUUUAAUAUGUUGUACGGAAGCAUUCCGGAUGAUAUUGGCGACAAGUUCCCUAAGUUGGAAUAUCUCGGCUUAAUUCGUAAUCACUUCAGUGGAGCCCUCCCUUCAUCACUGUCCAAUAUGUCUAGUCUCACGAAUCUUAAUAUUGGGCGAAAUAGAUUUAGUGGUUAUGUGCCUUCCACUUUGGGGAGGCUCAUAGCUCUCCAGAGACUGCACUUGGGUGAAAAUGAGCUCAAAGCGAAUGACAACAAGGGGUGGGAAUUCAUCACUUCUUUGGCAAACUGCAGCCAACUGCAGGUAUUGGUACUCGCAAACAAUAAUUUUGGAGGACAACUGCCAGGUUCAAUUGUGAACCUCUCAAGGACUCUCACAGGGUUAUACUUAAUGGAUAAUAGGAUCUAUGGAAGUAUCCCUGCAGAUAUUGGAAAUCUGAUUAGUCUGGAAAUACUUGGAAUAGCAAAUACUUCCAUUUACGGAGUGAUUCCAGAGAGCAUCGGUAAGCUAGAGAACUUGAUCGAGCUAUCCGUGUACAAUAAUAGCUUGUCUGGCCUCAUACCAUCAUCUCUAGGGAACCUUUCGCAGUUGACUAGGCUUGUUGCAGACCAUGGCAACUUGGAGGGGACCAUUCCAGCAAGCCUGGGGAAGUUGAAAAACCUAUUCUUACUUGAUUUGUCAGCUAACUACAGACUCAACGGUUCAAUACCCAUAGAGAUUUUCAAAUUACCUAGCCUUUCUUGGUAUUUGGACCUGUCAUACAAUUCCCUUUCUGGACCCCUUCCUAAUGAAGUUGGUAGUUUGGCAAAUCUUAACCACCUGGCUCUAUCAGGAAACCAGUUGUCUGGCAAGAUACCCGAUAGUAUUAAGAAUUGCAUAGUGUUGGAAAGGCUAUCAUUAGACAACAAUUCAUUUGAAGGAAGCAUACCUCGGUUGCUAGCAAAUAUAAAGGGGCUCAGAGUAUUGAAUCUGACCAUGAAUAAGUUAUCUGGUAAUAUUCCUGAUGCCAUGGGCAAUAUUGGAAACCUGCAGGAACUAUACCUAGCACAUAACCACUUGUCAGGGCCAAUCCCACUAGUUCUACAGAAUUUGACAUCGUUGUUUGAAUUGGAUGUAUCCUUCAACAAUUUGCAAGGUGAGGUGCCAAAUGAAGGUGUUUUCAGAAAUAUCACUUACUUGGCAGUUGUUGGGAAUGCAAAUUUGUGUGGCGGUACACCUCAACUUCAUUUGGCUCCAUGCUCCACAAGGCACUUAAGCAAGAACAAAAGAAAGAUAAAGAUGCCAAAGUCUAUUGUAAUUUCUCUAGCGACAGCUGGAGCAAUCUUGUUCUCACUUUUGGUUAUUUUUCUUGUUUGGAUACUUUGCAAGAAGCUCAAACCAAGACAAAAGACAUUAGCACAACAUUCAAUUGUUGAUGACCAUUACAAGAGAAUCCCCUAUCAUGCAUUAUUGAGAGGAACUAACGAGUUUUCAGAAGCCAACUUGCUUGGGAGAGGAAGUUAUGGUGCAGUUUAUAAGUGUGUUUUGGACACUGAAGAAAGAACAUUGGCUGUCAAGGUGUUCAAUCUGGGUCAAUCAAGAUAUUCCAAGAGUUUUGAGGCUGAGUGUGAGACUAUGAGAAGGAUACGACACCGUUGUCUCAUUAAGAUCAUUACUUCUUGUUCGAGCGUUAACCACCAAGGUCAAGAGUUUAAGGCAUUGGUUUUUGAGUUCAUGCCCAAUGGUAACUUGGAUGGCUGGCUUCAUCCAAAAUCUCAAGAAGCCACUACAAACAACACUUUCAGCCUUGCCCAGAGGCUUGAUAUUGCUGUUGAUAUUGUGGACGCAGUAGAAUAUUUGCACAACUACUGUCAGCCAUUGGUAAUCCACUGUGAUCUUAAGCCAAGCAACAUUCUUCUUGCUGAAGACCUGAGCGCCCGAGUUGGAGACUUUGGCAUAUCAAGGAUCCUUCAAGAAAAUACAAGCGAAGGGAUGCAGACUUCAUAUGGCUCAACUGGACUUAGAGGUUCCAUAGGCUAUGUUGCUCCAGAGUAUGGGGAAGGCUCUGCUGUCUCAACCGCUGGUGAUAUUUAUAGUCUUGGCAUACUACUGCUUGAGAUGUUUACGGGAAGAAGCCCAACAGAAGGCACGUUCGGAGAUUCAUUGGGUCUGCAUAAGUUUGUCGAGGAUGCUCUUCCAGAUAGAACCUUGGAGAUAGCUGACCCGACAAUGUGGUUGCACAGCGGAGAACACAAUAACACUAUAAGCAUUAGAAUUCAGGAAUUAUUGGUUUCAGUCUUGAGGCUUGGCAUAUCCUGCUCAAAGCAACAUCCUCGUGACCGAGCACUGACAAGAGAUGCAACAACGGAGAUGCACGCAAUUAGAGAUGCAUACCUCAAGUUCAUAGGGGAGCAUGGAGCAGAACGAGAAGCCUCGACUCAAGAAAUUCAGAGCAGCGUUGCAUAA